AUGUCUUCCAUCUUCGCCAUCGCCGGUUACACCUGUGCCCCCGCAACCAUCACCUACGAUGAUGACGAUAACCUCAUCAACGUCGUGAUGAACCUUGGUCCCAAGGGAACAUACACUUACAAGACUGACAACAUCCCCUCUGGGAAUCUUCACCCGUUCGCCGGUCAGAUCUUCUACAACGACCUGGCCACUCUUGACACCACACAGGGUGUCGGAUACAAGCUUCGCACCGGCGGAAAGUAUGCCGUCGUAACGAUCGGCGACGAGGAUCAGCCCACCACGGCAGUGGUUGCUGCCUACAACGAGAGGAUCGUAGGGAAGAAGUCGAACGAGGGCGAAGGCGACUGGACUCUGGCGCAAGUAAAGGCCGGGCGUCGGAGUCCCAAGGCGCCUGCGUCGUCGGCAGGAGACGACUACUACACUGCAAUGCCCACACUUCCCUUUCUAGGAGCAUACGACAGCCUGGAAAGACGUUCUGGAAGCCAGGAAGCGCCGAUUCCCAGACAACUCAAUGGGUUAAAUGCUCGCGCGAUCGGAAGUAUAACUGAUUCAACAUCCCGGAGUUUGAUAAUAGUAGGAAUUACUUGCGGAACUCUUGCAGCUGUUGUUCUACUCGGAAUCAUAGUAUAUCUCGUUAUACGAAAUCGCCGCAAAUCCCAGAGCGAGAUACAGCAUCGUCGGCAUCGCAAUUCUGUUCCAGUUUCUUCCCGCAUUCGAAAUGGCUACACUCGCACUAGAGGGUCAAGCAACUCGACAGCAACAUCUGGGGAGCGCUCAAUGGGAGAGGUACCUCAAGGCUACUUCAAGUCUUGGUCCUCGCGUUCAAAAAAUGCUUAUUUAAGCCUGCCACUUAUGGGAAUGACUUCGUCAGAAAAUCUCGCACAAAGUCAUAGUCAGCCACAGGGACAACUCUAUGAUCCCGAGUCAGCAACAGGUCUUCCUGCACCGUCCAAAAAUAAAUCGAGAAAGUCGACCCGAGAACGUCUACGCCUGGACACUUCCAUUCUGGCCCCAUCUCCUAGACUGAGCAACAUCCCUUCUCCUCAAAAGCACAUGUCCAGCCCCAGACACCGUUCGUCAUCCCUCAUGAAAAGCGCAACUACCCCGCCCCCUCUUGCAAAAUACUUCACUCAAUCGCCCAAGCCGAAUGCCGGCGGCCAGCCCAUCCGCCCCCAUGCUGAACUUCGGGUAGGCGACACUCCCGUGGAUAUCAAUCGACGCUCACGUGGUGGUGCGUCAGGCUUCGCCGGACUGGGCUCGUUUGUUCCCCCACCGCCACCUUCUUGGGCUUCGAUCUGGCCGACCGAGAGUGGGUGGACUGGGCCUGGAGGAGAGCCCAGUAUUCGUGAUGAAGAUUUUGGAUCAGAUUCGGGAGAGGAUUGUGACGAAAAGAAACCCAGGACGGAUUCAUCCGGGGACGAUUUUGACCCAGAAAACCUACGACUAGAUCACUCGGAUGGGGAGGACGAGGGCGAUUCCAAAGUACAAUAUGCCAUGGAUAAACGGACAAGGAACGGCACACCUGAACCAUUCAGGUUAACUCCGAUGGCACUACAGGGCAAUGGAAACCCCCGGGGGAGCAUGGACGACGUGAGCACGCCCUUGUCCGAGGGGAUUACAUCUCAAUUCCCCAUGUCAUCUCCCCGUACUAUCCCAGUGGAAUUAAAAUCCCCUACUCUCGAUCUUCAGGACGACUUUACUACCCAUACAGACCAAGGCCAAUCUCUUGCCCGCACAGCAACCGGGCGAUUAACGCUUGCAUUCGGAUCCAAGUCUACGCUCUCGGAGAAGGCUCAACGCUCGAAUACGAAGUCGUCGUCUCGCUCGGGCAGGACAACCCGAUCGAGUCCUUCCAAGACACAUAGUCGUAAUGCAUCAUCAACUCAUUUAUCCGUUGCCCGUUCGGGCACUCGGGUGACCCGCUCAAGCACUGUGCGCACCGAAAGGAGUGAUUGGACCGACCCUCCUGAAACUCCCGUCUCGACUAUCAGCGGUCAUGUCAUGUCCGCUCUCACAGGGCACGUAACCACCCCCUUGCUGCGUAGUAUGGAUUCGUUGAGAAGGGCUGGGUCCGAAUAUUUUAGGCAACGCGGGAAUGACGGCGGCGCUCCGGAGCCGCCGAUGCCUAGUCUCCCUGUUUCUGGGGUGCCUCAUCCCUCGGGAUCAAGCCCGAGGUCUGUUUCUGUGAGAAAGCUGCCUGAUGUACCACCCGUUCCUCCCAUCCCUCAACGGUAUGCAACCGAGCCCCGGCCACUACCGGUCCCUGAACCUCUCAGUUCUCUACUUCCGGCGCCCCCCAUUCCACGAUCAGCGUCUCUAAAGGUGGACCUCGAUGAAAAGGAGAGUGCACCCACUCAUCCUCUAUCGAUGGGAGCCACCCCAUCAGGUAUACGACCACUUCCUGUUCUUCCUGUCACCCAAUGA